AUGCUUACGACAUUAACGACUUUGAAACGAAAGCAUGAUGAUCAAAAUAAUGGCGGCGGCAAGUUGGAUAUAGCGACGCAAGAAGCUGCUCCUCUGAUAGCUCCCAUCGAUAACAAGAUCUUAAAACGGUUUCACCAUCGCACGGAUCCAACUCUAUGGAAUCAGUAUCAUGCUUUGCAACAACGAUCUCUCUAUGGUCAGCGAAUAUUCGGUCGCAAAAUUAAUUUCUCGGCCAGAAGCCUUUUGCCACUGUAUCAGUGUCCUACCAACCAGAUCUAUCGAUUUUAUCUCGACAAUGACAAAGAUUGUUUCCCUUUUUACUGCAGUUAUGCACAUAACGCGUAUGGGGGAAAACUGCUGACGGUGGGUGAUGAGAAUGGCCGCAUCUCAUUCUUACGAACCGACAAAACAAACAGCAGUCAAGACUCGAUUUAUCACGAUAUUUUUAAAGCUCAUACCACCGCUAUUCUCGAUGUAAAAUGGAGUACGGACGAUACCACUUUGGCUACUGCGUCAGGUGAUCGUAAUAUAUGUCUGUGGGACGUGGAAAGCAAAGUAUGUUUGGCUGUAUUGAAGGGUCAUAAAUCGAGCUUGAACUCUAUCAAUUGGCAUCCAACCAACCAGAAUCUGCUGGUAUCUGCGUCCAAGGAUGGGUCUUUUCGAAUCUGGGAUACAAGAUACCGUCAAAUUGAUCGUGAUGAUUCGAAUGAUCGAUUGCCAAUUUAUGACUCCAUCAAAACAGUUUCAGAUGCUCACGGUGAUCAGAUUAUGCAGAAAAAACGGGUUUCGAAAAGCGUUGCUCGACCUAAAUAUCUCGACCGUUCAGUGACGUGCGCUCUUUUCAUGAACAAUUCGGAAGAGAAAAUCAUCACUUCGGGAUGUUAUGAUGGAGCGAUCAAAUUAUGGGACUGCCGUGCUGGACGCAAUCCGUCGGCCAUUGCACGUACUGUGUUUGCGGGCAAGUCAGGACGACCCCGAGGCGUCAUUGACAUCAAGAUGGACAACUCGGGCACCCGUUUAUUUAGUCUGUGUAUGGAUCACAGCAUAUACAUGCAUUAUUUGACCGAUCUGUCUCGUCCGGCUCAACAAUACACCGAUCCAGACUAUAAUGCCAAUUCAUUCUUCAUCAAGCUCGCCGUUUCUCCUGAUGAUCGAUUUAUUAUGGCGGGAUCCACUGUUAAGUCUGUGUUUGCCUGGGAAGUCGAUCGCCCAAAAGCGCCAGCUGUGCAGUUUGCAGGACAUUCUGCUGUCGUAACUUCCGUGUCUUGGUGUCAUACCGAUAUCAACCAAUUUGCUAGUUGUUCCGAUGAUCUCAGCACUCGGAUUUGGAACGUGGAUUUCGACAAGCAGACUGAUAUGGAAACCUCCAACGAUUCAGUCACUUAA